CAGCCAGCGUUGGGUUCUUUUCCUUCGUGGUUUUCGACUGACAAGAUGGCUCCAACUGCCAAGACCAACAAGGGUGAUACUAAGGCCGCUGCUGCUAAGCCGGCUGAGAAGAAGGCCGCUCCUGCCGCCGCUAAGGGCAAGGUGGAGAAGCCCAAGGCUGAGGCUGCCAAGCCCGCCGCCGCUGCUGCCAAGAACGUGAAGAAGGCACCAGAGGCCGCUAAGGAUGUGAAGGCUGCUGCUGCCGCCGCCGCCAAGCCCGCGGCUGCUAAGGCUGCUGCUGCUGCCAAGGCAGCUCCCGCUAAGGAGGCCGCCAAGAAGGCACCCGCGGCGGCUGCUGCUGCCGCCAAGAAGGCUGCUCCAGCCAAGGCUGCUGCUCCCGCUCCAGCGAAGACUGCUCCCGUUAAGAAGGCAGCCUCCACUGCUGCGGCUGCUCCUCCAGCCAAGAAGGCCGCCCCUGCCAAGGCUGCUGCUCCAGUAGCCGCCGCGGCUGCUGCUGUUCCAGCUGCCGCUGCCGCUCCGGUUGCUGCCAAGCCUGCUGCCCCCAAGCCCAAGGCAAAGGCAGCACCGGCACCCAGCAAGGUGACGAAGAAGAAUGUGCUCCGCGGCAAGGGCCAGAAGAAGAAGAAGGUCUCCCUGCGCUUCACCAUCGACUGCACCAACAUCGCUGAGGAUAGCAUCAUGGAUGUUGCUGACUUCGAGAAAUACGUUAAGGCUCGCCUAAAGGUCAACGGUAAGGUUAACAAUCUUGGCAACAAUGUCACCUUUGAGCGCUCCAAGUUGAAGCUGCACGUCAGCUCCGAUGUGCACUUCUCCAAGGCCUACCUCAAGUACCUGACCAAGCGGUACUUGAAGAAGAACAGCCUGCGCGACUGGAUCCGCGUUGUGGCCAACGAGAAGGACUCGUACGAGCUGCGCUACUUCAGAAUCAGCUCCAACGAUGACGAGGACGACGAUGCGGAGUAAAGAUGAUACAAAGACAGCAAUAACAAAAGGAUUUACAAUGGCAUUGUAUGGCUGAUUCGUUUUUAUUAAAUAUCACGUUACGGUCGUGUUUUUAUAAGCAAACAACAACAAAUUGUAAACUAAUUGAAAAUCCAUUUUUUGGGUCUACGACAAAAUAAAAAACUGUGUAAACCUGA